UUGAGAACAAUAGUGCUCAUGCUGAUUGUUCUUAUUGUCGGCCAGUUCGCACGAGGUAGUCGCGCUUAUAAGCCCUGCGCAUUCCAUCCAGCAUCAAGCAGCAUACUUUCACGGACUUACGAACGGCCUGGCGCCCUUCAGAAUAUCCCAUACACUCACGACCUCACCGACGUCUUGUACGACCGCUUCAUCACGCUUCGCUAGUACGUACGCCGCAAACGACAUGGACGCGCAUGAUACGGCCCGCACCCCACUGGCUGGUCCGGCACCAGCGGUGCAUUUACGCACGACGCCGCCUGCGAUCCGGAGACGAGGCAUUCGCGGUUCCCUCGUGCGCCACAUUCGUGGCGCUGGCACAGCUCUCCUCGACAUUCUCCUUCCCCGCUCCUCGCGUGACCCUAUUGCCACGAACCCAGCCAUCGAAUAUAUUGCCCAGACCACGACCACUUUGAUAGCCCUUGUAGACGGCGUCCUGCACGAGAUCGGGGAGACGAACAACAUUCUGCGGCACGGUGUUCAUACGACGACCACUCAAGCUAGAGAAGGGUCUGCGGGCCAUGGCGGCGGCGAAGAAGGCUCACACCAAGCGGGCGACGACGACGUUGGCGACGCUGGGACCAGCCCCGCAGCCACCCAUAUCAUCUACCCGCCUUCGUCCCCGUCAGGCGCCGAUCCCACGCCAGGGCCAUCGAACAUCGACACGCCGUCUCACGAAUAUCCAGGUACCUCUGCAACUGUCGCCGUUAUCAGCACCGCUCCCGCCGUAGCUCCAGUCUCGCCGGGCCCUGCUACUUCGGCGAACUGCGCCAUCCUACACCACGACCCUAUUGGGCGAGACGACUUGCAGGAUGGACUCACCGCGACCGCUCGUGAGCGGUAUGGCGAUGAUAACGCGACCCACAGCUGCCUUCAACCAGCCACGGAGGCGGCUAGACGUGCUUCCCAGCGCGCCGGAGCGUGGCAGCAGCAGCGGGCGUCUACUUCCCAGCCGGGACCCUCUGCGCAAACCGCACUCCCUCGCAAUUCCGCUCUCGCGCCCCAUCUGUCUCCCUCGGACAGAUCCGACAUGUCCUCGCCUGAUGGUCGGCUGUUAGCGAGCACCCUGAAUGGCGCGCUUGGCGAAGGAGACCCGACGCGUCUUCAAUUCUCAGACACGGUGACCAAGAACGGUCCUUUCGAUGAGCGUGAGCUCUUCGUCCGCAUUGGGACGAAAUCCCAGCUGGGAGACUCCGCCCUCUUCGAUGCAGGGCUGAACGAUAUCAUCCGCGUUUGCAAUGCUCGUCGCACCGAUCUCACUCAGCUGCGCCUGGAAUUCCAUCAAUCUCUGGUUUCUGGUGGCCCCUUCAACAACGAGGAUGCACUCGGUAUCAUGACGCUCGCUCUCAAGCCAUUCCUGCACCAUGUUCGCACCGUGUCUGCAUUGUUCGUCGAACCUGAUAAAGUGAGGCCGCUCUGUGUAGCGCAGCAAAUGGUGAGCGAUACCUUCUCGCACCUCCACUAUUUGCGACUAGCAGGCAAGACGUCAGCCGCGCGACUCUUCAGCUUCCCCUUGGAAAAGCUGCGCAUUCUCGAGAUCUCGGCGGAUAUAAGCGAGGCGGAUGUGCAGGCUUUGCCUACUUUGUGCAGAAAUCUGGCUGUUUUGGAAGCGGGUCCUGUUCUACCCCGAGGCCAGCGUGACUACUUCAAGGCGGCGAACACUGAUGGGAUGGAUUUCCCCUCGGUUUUGCGCAUCGUCUCCGCUUUUCCCUGUAAGCAACUACUCGCCAACGUCCCAGGCGAGGUUGCUGUACAAUUUUUGCUCACUGAUGGGAAUUCGCUUGCCGGCGUACAAGGGUUGAUUUCCGCAAGGCCCGCUUGGUAUCUACACCUUGAGUGA